AUGCUUCAUGGCAAGACAAACAAACUGAAAGAUGGAGCUGCAUCUGUCCCUGAGCUCCUGAAGGAUGGGUUUGAGGACCUCGUUUCAUUAGCAGUAACUCUAACCUCCACCUCAUUAACAUUUGUGAUAACUCCAUCCUGCACUCACACACUGGUGUUCCUGAGAGACCACAACCAUCCAGAAACACAACACCAAAGCAAACACGAACCAUUAGAGCACAGAGGGACAGAAGAGACGUCCCCCAUCAUCACCCCCAUCAUCACCUCCAUCAAACCCCCAUCAUCACCCCCAUCAUCACAUCCAUCAAACCCCAAUCAUCACCCCCAUCAAACCCCCCAUAAUCACCCCAUCAUCACAUCCAUCAAACCCCCAUCAUCACCCCAUCAUCACCUCCAUCAAACCCCCAUCAUCACCCCAUCAAACCCCCAUAAUCACCUCAUCAUCACCCCAUCAAACCCCCAUCAUCACCCCAUCAUCACCUCCAUCAAACCCCAAUCAUCACCCCAUCAAACCCCCAUAAUCACCCCCAUCAUCACCCCCAUCGUCACCUCCAUCAAACCCCCAUCAUCACCUCAUCAAACCCCCAUCAUCACCCCGUCAUCACCUCCUUCAAACCCCCCAUCAUCACCCCAUCAUCACCUCCAUCAAACCCCCAUCAUCACCCCAUCAUCACCUCCUUCAAACCCCCAUCAUCACCCCGUCAUCACCUCCUUCAAACCCCCAUCAUCACCCCGUCAUCACCUCCUUCAAACCCCCAUCAUCACCCCAUCAUCACCUCCAUCAAACCCCCAUCAUCACCCGUCAAACCCCCAUCAUCACCUCCAUCAAACCCCCGUCAUCACAUCCAUCAAACCCCCAUCGUCACCUCCAUCAAACCCUCAUCAUCACCCCAUCAAACCCCAUCAUUACCCCAUCAAACCCCAUCAUCACCUCCAUCAAACCCCAUAA